CCGUCGGUGUCUCUGCGCCGGCCUACGAGGUCAACGAGUCGGCACGCGACAUGCACGACAUGUACGCUCCCGCCUCCACCUCGUCGCGCAUCUCGAUUCCCGAGUACAUGUUCUGGGCCGAACGGCAGCGAGCUCGCGAGCGCGCCGAUACCGGCGACUUUCACUCGGCGGGCCUCGCCUCGCUCGCCGCGGGCAUGAAGGGCAAGAUCCGCGAGAAGGGCGAGAAGGGCGGCGACAAGAGCUCGAACAGCGACGUGCACGAGGUGACGGUCGGAGGAGCGCAAGGCGACGACGCGACGGCCGACCUCGAGGGCUUGUCGGAGCGCGAGAAAGAGCUGUGCAACGCCCGACGCAUGCUGCGCGUCGCCGGCUGGGCCACCAUCUUCUUCCUCAUCACGACCGACAUCCUCGGUCCUUUCAAUGCGCCGUACGCCAUCGCCAACCUCGGCAUGGCGCCAGGCGUGGUCCUGUAUGUAAUUUUCGGCCUGGUCGCGGGCGUCACCGGCGUCAUGCUGCAGCACCUCUUCCUCAAGCUCGACUCGGUCCGGUACCCGGUGCGCACCUAUGGCGACCUCGGCGGGCGCGUCUACGGAACCUGGAUGCGCCACCUGUGCUCCAUCCUCCAGGCGAUCCAGCUCAUCCUGAACGUCGGCCUCAUCUGCCUCAGCAACGGCCAGGGCGUCGCUCAAAUCGCCGAGGGCGGCAGCGGCCCGGCUAUCUGCUUCUCGGUCGCGGUCGUAAUUUGGGCGAUCCUGGGAAUGGCCCUCGGGCAGAUCCGCUCGCUGCACGGCCUUGGCCUGCUCGCGAACUCGGCCGUCUGGAUCAACCUCCUGAUCAUCAUCUUGAGCAUGGGCUUCAUCGCGCACUCGCCGCCAAACUAUGCGGCCGCCUUUGCCUCCUACGGCAUCCCUGAGGGCCCUGUCGUCGUCAGUGCCCGAGUCACCCAGCCCGUCUUCAACCAGGUCAACGGACUCAUGAACAUGGUCUUUGCCUACGGCGGCUCCAUGAUCUUCCCAGAGCUCCUCGCCGAGAUGCGCCGGCCUCACGACUUCAUCCGGUCUUUCGCGAUGGCCCAGGCGCUCAUUAUUACGGCAUACCUCGUGUACGGAUGCUACGUUUACGCGAUGCAGGGCCAGUACACGCUCGCGCUUGCGUAUCAGGGCGUCUCGCACUACUCGUGGCAGACCGUUGGCAACGUCCUCGCGCUCAUUUCGGGCGCAAUCGCCGCGGCGCUGUACGGGAACAUCGGCCUCAAGGUCAUCUACAUUAACAUCGUCGAGGGCCUGCUCAAGGGCCCGCCGCUCAUGACGAAGAGCGGCCGCAUCGUCUGGGGCAUCCUCGUCGUCUUCUUCUGGGCCGCCGCCUUCUUCAUCGGCUCGUGCAUCCCUUCCGUCGGCGCGCUCAGCGGCGUCGUCGCCUCGGCGUGCAUCUUCUCCUUCUCCUACACCCUCCCGCCGCUCUUCGUCCUCGGCCUGUACAUGCACAUCGACGCCGCGACGGCCGACGAGCCGUUCUCGACCCCGGGCGUCGCGCCGAGGCGCAGGGACACGUGGAACGCACUGAUUUCCUCUCUCUCUCGCUCUCGCAGGGUCGUCCUCUUCCUCUUCUUCCUCGCGGCCCUGGCUACGCAGGGACUGGGGCUGUGGGGCAGCGGCACGACCCUCGGUCAAGCGUUUGAAAAGGGCGCGGCCACUAGCCUCGGGUGCACGAGCCCCGUCUAG